UUGGGUGAAUGUUAGGUUUGUGGCAUGGCAUUGCUUUAAUUUAUGCAGAGUCGGUGCAGGAGUGAACACAUGUUAUUUCUUUUUUGGGGGAACUGCAACUAUGUUAAUUACAUUGCUUGAAGAGAUUUGUACUGCCGUGUGCCAUUCUGAAAGGACCAAGAAGUUGCAUUUCUUUUCUUGUUAUGAAGGUCAAGGUCUAUCCUGCUGUCUUUACCUAACACAAUGAUGAUAGACUACCAGAUAUUCAGAUCAGACUCCUACCACCAUGAAUUCUAACGGCAUUCUUCUGGUAAGUAAUUACAGUUGAAAUCGACAAAUUUGACUCACUUGUUUACUGCCAGUGAAGCUUAGGUACCCACUUCUUUCAGUUAGUCCACAAAAGAAGCUUGACCUUCUAUUUUACUAUUACCAAACUGACUCUUUACUAUUCUCUUGAAAUCCGUAACUUUAUCAAGUUUGAUCUAUCCCAUUAUGGUCACUCUGUAUACAUGAUCUUUGCACUUUCUAUGAGCAAGUCAAGAAGAGAGAGAGAAGUAAGUUUUGAAGCAUGAUCUAAUCAUAUAUUAUCUCCCUUUGCACUUAAAUUCUAUCAUAUGGCAAUAGUAUUAAACAAACAAGCAAGCUUUGUUCUUGGUGAUAACGGUACCGCUUCAUCUUAUCAUCCUCCAUACUUACCUGACCAUGAGAAGAGAAAGGCGUGCAGAAAGGCAGAUGAGAGUUGACAUGGCCAUUUCUUUUAUGACCACGUGGACAGAAGUUGGUGUUUAUUGACGUGGAUAGCAAAGGGACUGUUAGAUUGGAUCCUCUGCAAUUUAAGAAAACGCUCCUCCCUUGAGGUUUAAAAAAUAUAAUUAUAUAAUUCAUGUUCCGUGCUUGAUUGUACGUACAAUUUCAGGUCCCAAUGAUUACUUCAGCUUUGACAUUGGCAGGCAACAGAAGAGCAGCAGAGCAGAGCUGCCUAGCUCUCCUCCACUCUUGCAACAGCCUCCCAAAACUGACCCAAGUCCAUUCCCGCAUUCUCAAAUUAGGUCUCCAGAACAACCCAUUAGUUCUUACCAAGUUUACUUCAGCAUCCUCCAAUCUAAACGUUAUAGACUACGCUUCCUCCUUUGUAUUUUCACCCGAAUACGAUACCCGUAUUUACGAUGCUUUCCUAUUUAACACUGUAAUAAGAGCUUAUGCUCAAACUAACAAUUUAAAGGCUAAAGCAAUUGAUUUUUAUAAGCUUAUGCUUGAAUAUGGAGUUUUUCCCAAUAAAUUCACGUACCCCUUUGUUCUAAAGGCCUGUGCUGGUAUUGGGGAUCUGAAUUUUGGAAAGUCUAUACAUGGGUCGGUGUUGAAAUUCCAUUUUGGUGAUGAUAUCCACGUACAGAAUACUUUGGUUCACAUGUAUGGUUGUUGUAAAGGAGGGAUUGAGUUUGCUCGUAAGGUAUUUGAUGAAAUGUCAAGGUCUGAUUCCGUUUCGUGGAGCGCGAUGAUUGGUGGGUAUGCGCGUUUGGGAUUGUCGACUGAGGCAAUAGGUUUGUUCAGAAAGAUGCAGAUUUGUGGUGUUUGUCCAGAUGAGAUUACUAUGGUUUCGGUUUUGUCUGCUUGUACAGACUCAGGAGCGCUUGAGGUUGGUAAGUGGAUUGAAUCUUUUAUUGAGAAAGAUAGGGUUAGACAAAGUGUGGAAUUAUGUAAUGCGCUCAUUGACAUGUUUGCCAAGUGCGGUGAUGUUGAUAAAGCUUUAAAGUUGUUUAGAAACAUGGAUGAAAGAACUAUCGUAUCAUGGACUUCUGUGAUUGUUGGUUUGGCAAUGCACGGUCGUGGUUUGGAAGCUGUGGCUUUGUUUGAGGAGAUGAUAGAAGCUGGAGUGGCUCCUGAUGAUGUCGCCUUUAUUGGAUUGCUCUCCGCUUGUAGUCAUUCCGGAUUAGUUGACAAAGGCAGAGAGUAUCUUAAUUUAAUGAGAAAAGAAUUUGGCAUUAUACCUAAGAUUGAACACUAUGGAUGCAUGGUAGAUAUGUUAUGUAGGGCUGGAUUAGUUCAAGAGGCAUUUGAGUUUGUUCAAAAGAUGCCCAUUGAACCAAACUCAAUUAUCUGUCGAACCUUGAUUAGUGCUUGUUGUGCCCAUGGUGAACUCAAGCUCGGGGAGACUAUCACCAAGCGGCUAAUUGGAAAUGAACCUAUGCAGGAGUCUAAUUAUGUAUUACUUUCCAACAUAUAUGCAAAAAUGCUCAAUUGGGAGAAGAAAACCAAUAUUAGGGAGGUGAUGGACAAAAGGGGGAUGAGGAAGAUCCCUGGGAGCACUAUGAUUGAGCUGAAUAGCGAAAUUUAUGAAUUUGUUGCUGGGGAUAAAUCUCAUGAUCAAUACAAAGAAAUAUAUGAGAUGGUAGAUGAAAUGGGUAGAGAGACGAAAAAGGCUGGAUAUAUUCCUGCUACAUCGGAGGUGUUACUGGACAUUAACGAAGAAGACAAGGAAGAUGCUUUAAAUAGGCAUAGCGAGAAGCUGGCUAUUGCUUUCGCUCUUCUUAAAACACCCCCUGGAACUUCUAUUAGGAUUGUCAAGAAUUUGAGAGUUUGUGAUGAUUGUCAUUCUGCUACCAAGUUCAUUUCUAAGAUUUAUAAUCGAGAAAUAGUGGUAAGGGACCGGAACCGAUUUCACCAUUUCAAUGACGGAUUGUGCUCCUGUAGGGAUUUCUGGUGACAAACUGAUAAUGAAUUUCAGGAUUAUCGUUCCAUUUACUAUUCCAUGAUUUUCUUAGCUUGAGGUUUUCAUGAUGCUUUGAACCCAACUCAUGAUCAUUUACUAUAAUGGAUCAGCGUACCGGAGUCUGAGGUUGGCAGAAACAUUGACGAUUCUGUGCAAUUUGGGUCAACUUAACAAGUAUCCAGGCAGGGCAUGGAAUGCAAAAGAUUAUCUGAAAGUCAUAACAAGUACAUACAUUGUACCUUCCCAUGAACAAUUUCAGAUAUACUGCAGCUGGCAAGAGUUUAUCAACUCAUAAUCACAUUAUGCUUCCUUUGUAUCUUAUUCUUUGUGAAGGAGAUUGCUCUGGGAUGGAGAAAUAGUCUGUGGUGCUUCUGAGUUACUGUUGAGUAGCUUUUUUGUACAGAAAUCUGGUUCUGCUACUGCGCAAGCUUGUGAGUGGAGCUGCUCUGGUUUUUAGCAUUGUUAACUCUAUUCUAUCUUCUUAAAGAGAUGUUAAGAUCAUAUGCUUAUCUAAGUGCUGGCACAUCUACUAGGGAGAAAGUGACUCGAGAUGUGUUGAUAUUUGCUGAAUGGUGACAGAUGCAGCCUGCCUUGAGUGUUAAGCUUAUGAGAUAUCGUCGACAGAGGAUACAGUAGAUAAUGACUGGAGAAGUAACAAGGUUUGUCACGGUGAACAUUUUAUGCACUAAAUGUUUGAGACAUCUCAUAUUCGACUGUGGAGCAGAUAGUUAAAUGUCUUUGAACCUAAAAGUUCCGUAUUAUCAUUAGUUGAAGAGUAGAUAUCGACUGCAUUAACUCUGUUGAGUUUUUGCACACACAGAAUUUGGUCCUAUUUUACGGGGUCGAUGACCCAAAUACUCUUUCAUUAUAGACCCAGAAUACUGUACUACAUGCUCUAUGUCAAAGCAAACCACCGCCCAGACAAGACAUGUGCAAUUAUACUACAAGCUGGAAAGUAGAGCAAUUAUAUAUCAACCAUCAUUUUCAUUCAGUAACAAGUGUGAUGCUCUUCGGACUCGGUUUACUGUUGCUUUCAGAUGUGCAACUUGCCUUCCAGAAGCCGCUGAAUGAAUUUCCCACAGAAACCCGUUAAACUACUAGUAAGCUUUAGUUUGUUUUGUAAUUCAGCUAGCAACUGAGUGGUUAUCAUCUUUACUAUUGUUAGCACUGUGAUAUCCUUAUUACUUUGUGUUAUCCUUCUCUUUAUUAUCCCCAUUCAAUCUUUUCAGGGAUUUGGAAGUUAGUCAUCAAUUAUCUUGUAUAUAUUAUCAUGUCAAGAACUUGUAUAAUUAUAUUAUUUGCAAAUGAACAACAUUUCAUAUUCUCCAA